UUUUCUAUUUUGGACUAUUCCACACUUUCUAAAGCAGUCUUUAGUAAAUUUUCUAUUAUAUAGAUAUGUAUGAAGUAUUUAUACAUGUAAUGCUUAAGUGUGCAAGUCUAGAGAGAAUAAACAAGAAAAAGAUAAGUAAUUCCUUCUAUGAUUUCUACUCUUUUUUUUCUUUUGAAAAAAAAAACAGAAACAAAUUAAAGAUGCUAAUGGAUACUGAUCAGCCUCCGUCGUUUUGCAAGAUUAUAUUAUCUAGAGAAACCGUCAUGAAUAAAAUGCAAUUGCCAUCUUGUUUCGUCAAAGAUAACAAAAAAAUCUUGAGUAAGAAUUGUCUACUAAAAACGAGUGAAGCUGGAAUGUCAUGGGAAGCAAAGAUCGCGAGAAAAAAGCCAAAUUACUUCAUAUGUGAAAAAGAUUGGCCACAAUUUGUGUUGCAUCACCAAGUGGAGCCAAGAGACAUUUUGAUCUUCUCACUCAUUGAAAAAUCAGCAUUCCAUGUACGUCCAUACACACCAAAAAAUUGUAGAAACAUUACUCGUAAGAGGCAACUUAUGAAGAACUCAAGCAGCAGUAGCUCUAAAGAGGAGAUUGGACCUUCAAAGAGAGUUAAGAAAAUGGAACCAAUAAUAGUAGUAUCGGAUACUGAGGAAGAAAGUGUUGAUGUGUCAUUCAGUGAUGAUGAUGAAGAUGAUCCUCCCUACUCACAUCGUGCAACUUACUAUAAAAAUCCUAAGCGGAAAAAAGUGUCAUCAGACUAUUCCAAUUGGAUUCGCCAGAAGGACAGGCAUAACUAAUCUGAAGAAAAUGAGAGUAAUUAAUGAAAAAGGUAAAAAAGAGUGGGAAGUGGAAAUAGUGCAUACUGGGCCAAGGGUUACCAGAAAAAAUGGACGGGCUGAAUUUCGAACACAUAACAAGAUAGUUGAUGGUGAGACUUGCCUCUUCAAGUUGAUUACUGCUAGUGUUUUGCAUGUUCAGAAGAUCCCAAUACCUCAUUCCUUGCUAUAUUUUUAGCUACAAUUCUUUGAGUUGUAUUUAACUAAAAAGUAUAUUAGUAAGGACUUAAU